ACUUUUUUGUCAAGUUUACUUUUAAUCCAAUAAUAAUUUAGGAACACAACAUUUUGACUGAAGUUUUCUUUUUGUAUCAUAACAUUCAAUACCAAUAACUUCAAAAUGCCACUAAAUGUUUACAUAAUUUUUUUCAUUAUAUGUAUUCAGAUGACUUGAAGGCAAUGGUGUUAUACAAGUAUUUACUAACUGAAAUUGGAAAAAGUAAUCAGAGAAAAAGGAGUAACCACUUGUUUCUUUUGAAGAUCAACACACAAGGAAAUUGUCAGACAAUUUAUAACCAUAUAUGGGAGUUUUAGAUCUAUGCAUGAAAAGAAAGUGAAAUGAAUUUUUUAAAGAUAAAAGCUAGAGGACAUAUAACAAAACUAUAACAAGUGCUGAAUAUGAAAUAACCCCAUGCCAUGUCACAUGUGACUUUUGGAAUGAAGCAAUUUUCAGUAUGACAACAAAAGGAACAAUUACAUGACUGUUAAAACUGACUCUGAAACAUUGAAGACAAAGAAAUAAAAGUAUUACACCAGAGGAAAUGACUGUGCUUUUCUUUCCUGUAAGAUCAACACACAAAAGGAAAUGUUCAUAUCAUUACAUCAUAUGGCAGUUAUUGAGAUGAUUUUGGAUAUAUACAUAAAACUGUGAAAUGAGUGAGAAUUAUAAUUCAAACAUCAUAUUUGGCAGGCUGGUAACUGCAUGUACUUACUGGCAUUUGUACUAUAUCGUAUUAUGACGACUGUCAUCCAGAAAACCGUCCAAAAAUCAUUGUCUUCUUUACUCGAGAGAUGUCAAAGUUGUUCCGUCAUCGUUUCUGCUAGACAAUACAAUAGUGAUCACACUAAACAUGAAGGCAACAAACCAAGAGUAUUGAUAACAGGAAGUCUGGGUCAACUUGGAACAGGGUUAGCAAGUGUGAUGAGAAAGCGUUAUGGAGUUCAAAAUGUUUUUAUGUCAGAUAUCAUAAAAGCACCGCCAAAUGUUGCCGCAAGUGGUCCAUACGUGUUCGCUGACAUCUUAGAUUUCAAGCGUCUUCAGGAACUUAUAGUUACCCACAGUAUAGAUUGGAUAGUGCAUUUCAGUGCUUUACUAAGUGCUGUAGGAGAAAACAACGUCCCUCUGGCAAUGCGUGUCAAUAUUGAGGGUCUACACAAUGUUUUGGAAUUAUCAAAACAAUACAAGUUAAAGUUGUUUGUUCCUAGUACGAUCGGUGCUUUUGGACCAGAUUCUCCUAGGAAUCCGACCCCCGAUCUGACUAUACAGAGACCAAGAACAAUCUACGGUGUAUCCAAGGUACACGCUGAGCUGAUGGGAGAGUACUAUUUCCACCGAUUUGGUAUGGACUUCAGAAGUCUCAGAUUCCCUGGUGUUAUAUCUGCAGAUACCAAUCCAGGUGGUGGAACUACAGAUUAUGCAGUACAUAUAUUUCAUGAUGCUUUACAAACUGGAGAUUUCACCAGUUUCUUGAGACGUGACACCCGUCUUCCUAUGAUGUAUAUUGACGAUUGCCUUCGUUCAGUCGUUCAGUUCAUGGAAAUACCAAGUAAUCAACUCAAACAACGAACUUAUAAUGUAACAGCGAUGAGCUUUACCCCAGAAGAAUUGGUAGCCGAGGUUAGGAAACAUGUUCCUCACCUCAAGGCUAAUUAUGAACCAGAUAGCAGACAAAAAAUAGCCGACACAUGGCCAGAAGUGUUUGACGACUCAAAUGCACGUGCUGACUGGGGUUGGAAGCAUGAAUAUGAUAUCAAAGGUCUCUGCGAUAUAAUGUUUGAAAAAUUACGACCAGUCUACGACACGGAAAGCAAUCCAGACAACGCUAGCAGUAAAGACGGAAAACAAAAACGUACAGCAGCAUAAUGUCUGAAUAAUUUAAACCAUAUCUUAGACUACGAAAUGUGCAAUUUACCGGUAAUUAAAUGGAUCUAGAACGCAUGAACAUGAGAAUUGGUCGUUCUACUAUAUAUAUAAAUUUUACUGCUAAAAUGCAUUACAUUUCUGUACAUUAUUGUUUGUUAUUUGUAUAUUUAAGGAAUUGUUAUUUAUUAUAAAAUGUGAGAAAAAAACUUAAA